GAAAAGGGGGAAGGUCGGCGGUGGUGGGGUAGAAAGUGGAGGAGGAGGAGGAAACGGCAGUCCUGGGGAGACUUGGCCAUGAACUUGAUGGCAUCCGUAGCGGGUUCGGCAGUCGCUGUCCCCCCUACUGGAGGGGAAGCUAACCGGUGUGACGUUUAAAAGUCGUGAGCAGAACAUCGUCGGGCAGGUGUGGAUGGAUUGGGAUCUGCCUCGUUGGAGGGACCAUCCACAUCGAUGAUACCGCAAGUCCUUUGGAGUGGACAAUCUCACACCCCGGACUAAGUCCCUUCGGGUGACCGGGAGAGUUUGAGGUUAUGGCUGGGAGGAAUCAGACUCGCAAUUUUCAGUUUCCAAUAACUCAGUCUGUGGUGAGCAACCAAAUAUAUUCAUUUGGAAAUAAUACAGAUACUGAUAUCUUUGAAGAGGAUGUAGAAGUGUAUGAACUUCGACCAAGAGGAAGAGAGAAAGUCAGAAGAAGUACAUCAAGAGACAGACUGGAUGAUAUCGUAUUACUAACAAAAGAUAUACAGGAAGGUGAUACUUUAAAUGCAAUAGCCCUUCAAUACUGUUGUUCGGUAGCAGAUAUCAAGAGGGUUAAUAAUCUCAUCAGCGAUCAAGACUUCUUUGCACUUAGGUCUGUUAAAAUUCCAGUAAAAAGAUUUAGUGUAUUGACUGAAACACAUUACUCUCCCAAAGGACGACAGGCUUCACGUCCUUCAGCCGCACAGUGCACUCCAGAACUUCAAGAGAUAAUCCCUAACUCUGAUCUUCUGGUUUCGAAUGAGACUGCUGGGAAUUUCUUAAAAGAAGUGGACAAAGACAUAGAACAAAUAGUAAAAUGUACAGACACAAAGAGAGAGAACCUCAAUGAAGUGGUUUCUGCCUUAGCAAAACAAGAGCUGUGUUUUGAACCUGACAAUAAAAGCAUUAGACGUAAGGAUCCCUAUUACGGAGCAGACUGGGGAAUAGGCUGGUGGACAGCUGUGGUGAUAAUGUUGAUAGUAGGCAUAAUAACACCGGUAUUUUACUUACUAUAUUAUGAAGUUUUAGUUAAAGUAGAUGUUAGUCAUCAUUCCACAGUGGACUCCUCACAUCCACAUUCAGGAGUCACAGUUUCAUCACAUCAGAGACCAAUAGAAAAUGGAAUGAUUCCAACAAAAGGAACAAAUGUGGGACAAGAUCAUUAUAAACUUCAUAAACAGAACUCUCAGUCACCUUCUACAACACGGCAUAUAACAUAAUAUUCAGUUCUAGAUUAUAAUAUUUAUAACUAUAAAUGUAUCUGGAAUGCAGAGAAAUCAGUUAUAUUCUUUAUUUACCACUCAUGGGCAGUAUUUUGGUUUGUUGAAAAUGCUUUUAUUUCUUCAGGAGACUUUUUUGUUUUGAGCCAUUUGCAAGUCAAUUCUGUAUGAACAUUGGGCAUACUACCUGUUCUGUGUUUUGAAUGGUUGAAGUCAAAGUUUCUUAUUUUGCCCUGCAGAAGUGAAUAUAAGUACAGAGAGAAAGAGAAAUUUCUCUUUCAGAAAUUUUGCACCCACUUAUUUAAACAUAGCCUUGAAGUUUAUUUUUUGUUUAAAGUAUUGAUGUUGAAGUUAUUAAGCAAUAUGAAUGGUAGCACUAAAUGUGUGCAACUGAAGAAAAUCCAUUUCUUACUAUGAGAUAUGCAUAUUAUCUCAGCUCAAGAUGUUUGGUUGAGAAACUGUUGUUUGAUUCUACAAGCAUAUGUGAUAGCACAUUGUGAAUAUGAGGCUUCCCAUUUGAAUCUAUUGAUUGACUUUUAUGUCACUUACAAUAUGACAAAAACAAAAAUCAAAAGUAACAAAAUCAAAGUAUAAAUCAGAAAGGAAGGUAAAAUUUCAAAAGGAGCUAAGACUCAAAUUGAUCUUAAAACUUCUGGGAAUUAUAUAAAGAAGCAGCAUCAUUGAAUAAUUUGAAUAUUAGAGUGAAUCAGGAUAUGAGAUGUUUAAUAAGUUUCUCACUUUUUGGGGCAUGUCUUUUAACAUACCUAUGUUUUGUUUGUUUUCAGUAAAAUAUAUUUGGACUUCUGUACUUUUGUAGUUCUUUGAAGAAAAGUGCUACACAUGGACACAUGCAUUAUUUGGGGAAAAAUUCUUAAUACCAUGAUGAACUGUUGCAGUUCCAUAUGUGCAACAAUAAGCCUUAAUUAAAUUGAACGCCUUAAUUAAAUGUUAAUGUUACUAUGAGAGUUAAUAUACUUUUUAGAAUCAAACUUAUCCUUCAGUAUCCUAGACUUCCCUUUCAAUAGAAUUAAUGCCUGUGAUGUAUGUGUAGUAUAAACUGAUCUUAGCUUUCAGUUAAUCAAGCACAAUCUGAUGGGCAACACAGAUAUGUCUGUUGUCUUUUGUCUAAUGUGAAUUGCCAAAAAAUGGUUCACUAAGAAAUAAUUGUAAACAGGGUCAUUUGCAUUGGUAGGCAAAAUAGGUACAGUUCUUAUUUCUUGAUCCCUUACCCUCUCUGUCUUCCAUGGGGAUGAUUAUCUAAAGUAGAGGGUACAUGACAAAGUUGUUGUAUAUUAUGAACAUAAAGGAGAGGAAUUGGCAAGGGAUCUUGGAGAUCAGAUCAGGGUAUCUGUCAUGCCUUAACUUCAUAGUAAUUUGGCUAAACAAGCAUUUGCCUACUGAUUCAUAAUAUUUAUAAACACAAAAAUGGUGCUGUGUAGAAGAUAAUGGAGUCUGACUUGUCUUUCUUAAAUGUGUAAUUAAACUUUUUUGUGUGUUUUAGGUAUAUGAUACUGCCUCAUUUUCUGGGCAUUAUUUCCUAGUGUCUGAUGUUUGAACUUGAGGAAUAGUCAUUUUGUAUCUAAGCCCAAUCCAGUAAAUAGUGUGGCAGAUGAGUAACCUAGACCCACAAUAAGAGUAUGAUGCGAUAAAGAUAGACGGAAAACAACACUGAACCCUUUCAUCUAUAAGACAUUUACCAGAAAGUGUUUAUUAGGAACUACAUCUAUCUACUAAUUCAUAUUAAACCAGCCUGAAAAGUGAGCAACAUUCGUGAAGACACCUAAAUUAUAUGUGAAUGUCCUUCCAAAAAAAAUCCAACUUAAUUGUCCUAUAUUGCAGAGAAGAAUACAAUCUUUUUAAUCCUUAGACAGUGUUAACUUUAGCUUACGUGUACAAUGGUUUUUAGCAAGCCUACUGAGAAAUUGUAAAUUUUGAGGGGAAUAAAAAUUACAAAUUAUAAAACUCAAUUAUGUGAAGAAUUUACAGUGUAAUUCAGAUUGAUAAGCUAAAGAAUAUCAAUGAUUGCUUUCUACUGGUGCUACUUUGAAAUUAUAAUCGUGGUCUAAUAAGUAAAUAGGUAAAUAAAAGUACAUUGCUUUUAUUUUAAACAUGAAACCUGCCUAGAUAUAGGAACCACUUCUGCCCUAUAGGAUGUCAUUUUUGGUGAUAAAUAUGAACAUAAAAUAUAUCCUCUUAAUUGCUAAGCAGUUCCCCUCAUUUACCUGUUAUAUGGUUCUAGGAUUACAGAUCUUUAAAUGCAACAUCCAAGAGAGAAUAUGGUUAAAAUUAGCAAAGAAGUACAAUUUUAGUAGUUAAUAAUUAUUAUAAAAAUAAGUUUUCAUUUGUUAAUGUGCUGAUGGGCACCAUGACAAUGGUAUGUGAAAGUUGCUUUAUAUAAUUUUCUCAAUGAGGACAUUUUUGUUUUCUAGUUGUAGGCUUUGGAAAUGGGCUUUAAGGUUAAAUGUAUAUUGGACUCAUCCUGAUAAGUAUUCAGAUUUAACUGGCAUACUUUAUAUUAGCAUGUGUCAAACUGACAAAGAUAUAAUUGGAAAAAUAUACUUGGUUCCCUUGGUUAUAAAUAAAUAUUUGGUUAUAAAUAAAAAUAUUUUGUGUGUGUUCAAAGAUGUAAUUGUAAUUUUAUGGGCCUCAUUCUUUUUAAGACAUGUAUUAUCACAGAUAAUGUACUAGUAAAAUUAUAUAGUCUCUGCCUUCCAUAUGAAUAAGAUAAAUUUUAGUUUUUGAGUAUUAAACUAAUUUCUCUAGGAAACUUGUUUUUAGAAUCUGUUUGAGAAGGCAGAUUGUGGAGUUAUUUAAAUGACUCACUAAAUGAAUGAUUUAGGCCUUUUACUGAAAUUUAUUUCUGAAAAUUAUUUAAUUGGAAAAUAAGAUGAAGCAAAUAUAGUGAGAAUUUUGCAAAUAUAAUGAUAAACGGAUACAGUGCAAAUAAAUGUUAAAAGGUGAAGCCAGAGUUAAAGAAAAAUGUAUUUAAAUGAUGCACUAUGCUGAGAAUCAUGCUUUAUGUUUUGACUUGGAACACUUGCUCAGGAAAUCAGUAUUUUUCUUCCAAGUAUGUGCAUAUUGCACUAUUAAAUCAUCGAUAGAAAUACCUGAAUGCUUUAUUUAAGUAUUUUUAUGCACACUAAUGCUGUAAAUAUCUUAUAAAAAUAUUUUAUACAAAUGCAAAAUGUAAUAAUUGUAGAACCAUGUGUUAGCAUGUAAGUCUCUAAAAUUGUGGCUUUAAAAUUUUUGCCACUUAAACUUUUCAUGUCUUG